AUGUUCACAGCACUAUUGCUCUUCACUCAACUAGUGAUCACUCAAUUCGUUGCUCAACCCUCAAAUCUGACGACCAAAAGAGGAUAUGCCGGCAUUAAUGUUCGCUACAAGCAGGUUCCAGCUGGCAUUUGUGAACAGAAUCCCAACGUUAGAAGCUUCUCUGGAUUCGCUGAUGUUUCUGAAAAUGAGCAUAUCUUUUGGUGGUUCUUCGAAGCCAGGAAUGUCGAUCCUACCACAGCACCAUUGACCAUUUGGAUCAAUGGCGGUCCUGGUAGUUCAUCGAUGAUCGGUCUAUUCCAAGAGCUAGGCCCUUGUGGGGUGAAUAUCGAAGGCAAUGUCUACGACAACCCUUAUUCAUGGUCGAAUGUUUCGAACAUGGUUUUCAUUGAUCAGCCAACAACUACAGGUUUUUCAUAUUCAAUCCCUAUUCCGGGAUUCCAAGACAGCUCCACCAACGAGAUCGUGGCCUUGCCUAAUGCUACUUGUCCCGACUAUGCUGAUACCACUACGUGCGGAACAUACAAUGUUUACAAUACCUCGUUAACAGCCAACUCAACAGUGGCAGCAGCCCCAAAUUUCUAUCUUACGCUUCAAGCAUUUACAGGAGCUUUUCCUCAGUACUCUUCGCACGGAGUCUUCUUUGCCACAGAAAGCUAUGGCGGACACUAUGCGCCAAUCUUCAGCAGGUACAUCCUUGAGCAGAAUGAGCUGAACACGACUGGCACGGCUUUCAUUGAUCUUAGAGCAGUCCUGGUCGGCAAUGGCUGGUUCAACCCAAUUCUACAAUAUCAAGCUUACUAUAAUUUCACCUCAAACUAUAGCACUCAGCUACAUCAAGGAGGAAAUACAUACGGGCUACACUACAAUGCUAGUAUCGACGCCUACGUCUUCAACAACAUGUAUGGUGCUCACAACUGUCUCGACCAACUUUUGGACUGCAAUACUUAUCCUUACGCAACUAAUGCUAGCGACGGCACAGGCAACCAAGUCUGUAGCGCAGCAGACAGCUGGUGCUACAAUCAAGUUGAGCUGCCAUACGAUAAUGUCCUUGGUCGCGAUGAAUACGACAUCCGGUACCUGACUCCCGAUCCUUUUCCAUACUCGUUCUAUGUCGACUACCUCAACCGGGCGGACGUGCAAAGCGCCAUUGGUGCAUUCACGAACUUCACCCAAGGCUCAAGCAUAACAUCCACGGCCUUCAGCGGCACGGGUGACGACGCAAGAGAGACUGGGGUGACCGCUGCGGUGGAGUACAUCCUCGAUCACAACGUCACGUUCGUAAUGUACUUUGGCGACGCAGAUUUCAACUGCAACUGGUUCGGCGGCGAAGCGUUCAGCAAAACCCUCACCAACACCGGCACCUACAAUAACGGCUCCGCCGGCUUCGCCAACAUCACCACCACAGACGGCAUCACCCACGGACAAGUCAAGACCGCAGGAAAAUUCAGUUUCGUCCGCAUCUUCGAGGCAGGCCACGAAGUCCCCUUCUACCAGCCCCUCGUGAGUCUCGAGAUGCUCAACAGAACUAUCCAAGGGUAUGAUAUCGCUACGGGCACAACACCACUGACCUCGGACUAUUUCACGAAGGGCCCAGUGGACUCGACUUAUAUCAAUGGGAACGCGACAGUGACUUAUGAAGUUCUGCCGAUGAAUGCAACGUAUAACACUACAACGAAUCAACCUAAUCCGCCGUAUGAUGUUGCCAGUGAGAGGAACAACGACGAUGGCACGUCUUCUUUCUCUUCUGGUGGGAAACUUCUAACGAGAUUGCACCAUGCGAAGCUAGAUUUCAUGAAGGCGAAGGCGAAAGAGGCAGAGCUGGGUGUGCCGUGGUCCUCGAGCAAAAGAGUGGUUCAGAAGAAGGGUAGGCAUAUGUUAUUUGAGGAGAGUGGAAGGAGAAAGAAGCAGGAUCAUGGGCAUGUUUGGAAGCAAGAGAUGUAG